AUGACGAUCGCGAAAAUUCCCAAGCUUGGCAAUCUGUGGCUUGGCGAUGCAGACGCGGCCCGAGAUAAGGACUGGCUGACAGAACAAGGCAAUUUUUAUAGAAAAUUGUCAGUCCAUGGGCUUCGCUACGAACACUUCAAUGCCGUCGACUCCGAGUCCGAAUACCUGAUCGGCAUCUUUGACCGAACGAGCGCGAUAAUUGAAGCCGCUGCCACGGCUUCCGAAGCAUUGUUGGUGCACUGUGAAGCCGGAAUGUCUAGAAGCGCAACGCUCUGCUGUGCUGCGCUAAUCAAAAACCAUCAUUUCACUGCCGCCGAUGCGCUGCAAUACUUGGAGGAGUGCAAACCGGAUGUGAAGCCAAAUACUGGCUUCACCCUCCAGCUGAAGCUCUAUGAGCGUAUGCAGAACCCCGCGACCAGCCAAAAGGACGUUGAAGGAAUGGGCAGCUCAAUGGCGAGGAUAGCGGGGACGGCCCUCUCCACUCAACGCUCCUUCUUCUGCGCCAAAUGCCGGACGGCACUUUUUGAAGAAGCCGACAUUUAUAAACAUUUUGAGAGAACGAGGCACUACGAGGAGCCCGACAAAAUAUGCACAGGCCUGAUCGUUCGCCAGCUUGAUUGGAUGGAAUGCAUGGACUAUGCUGGAAAGGUCCACUGCCCGAAAUGCAACGAGAAACUCGGCCAUUACUGCGAUGAGCCCAGGGAAUGCGGUGACUGCAAGGCGACGAUACAUUAUUCCCCCUCGAUCGCCAUCACGCCGGCGAAGCUUAGGACAAAGAUACCAGCGAUU